AUGGCUACAAACGUCUCGAGCUAUGGAAUCGACGGCGGCGCAAUGCACGCCUCUCAAGUGGAUCCAUAUACGGGUAGAGUGAUCAAUGGACGUCGGAAAGACGCAUUAGACUCGCAGAAUACGCACGGAAACGCGUUUAACAAUGCCAUAAAUGCCGCACAUGCGCGUUCAUCGAGCUCUGGUUCGCGCGCUCCGCCAAAGGAAUUACUCGUUCAUGGCAGUGCGCUUGGAGCAACAUUGGCGAAUGCUGGGAGUUCUCUAGGGGAUUUAGGGUAUGCAAACGCUCAGUAUAACCCUCGCGAUACGUCCUCAUUCCUGAACCCGGGGAGCAAUCAUCUCGGCCAUCGACCGGACCUCAAGCUCAACCUUUCCAACCAGCAAGGUUCCAUGCAACACGAGAUCGCCGCUGCAAUAAACUCUGCGUUUCAAAUGAAUGGCCACGGGUUAGGAUUGGAGAAUCCUCAACCCAACCCUCAGCAGCUAUCAGACAAUGUUGAAGGCGGUUCCAACCACCUUUCAUUUAUUCCAAACACCCUUUCGCCCCUCUCAGCAGCUACCCCCCUCCACCCGAGUUCCCAGCCACACUCACCCAGUGCAGACCAAGUACCGCCUGCCAGCCCCUUUCAGAUAUCGCCACACAGUCCAUUCUCCUUCUCGCCUGACGGUGCUCACUCUGCCGUAGGACUCUCUCCGCUAUUUCAACAGCCCACCCAAUCCCCCGUCUCGCUCUCCCCUCAUUUUGGCCCUAGCCAAUCGUCACGCGAGCCUUCACCCAUUCGACCUUCCUCUGCCAACCCACACACCAGACACGGAAAGCAGUGGACGGUAGACAGCGUACCAUUGGGCGGAGACCUUUCGCGGUGGCAGUCGGGUAAGAUGCGCGGUCGUUCGUCGGUUCCGAGGACGAACACGGCGAGUGGUUCCCUCAGCUGGGAAUACGGCGCUCAGGAUCCGAGUGCGAGUCCAAACUCGACUGUACAUCAUGGUGGGCAUGGUCGCUUUGCCAGUGGGACGCAGAUUCCUCGCUCGCCAAAUCUUCAUGCACGGAACCCCAGCGGCAAUCAGACUAAGCGGAAUGACGCCGUUGAGAGCCGCUUCCAGCGUGGUCGAGGACAUAGUGUUGGGAGUGUGCCGGAGAACAAUAGUGUCAUGGCUCGCGCUGGUAGUAAUGCACCCAGAAGUAGGGGAACUAGUCCGUACAUGGUUCCAUCGUCUCUUCCGGGACAUCGCGCCAACGACGCCUUGUCCGUGCCUUUGACAGACCUGACUAUCCCCGGUAUCCCUGGUGGAUUGGCAUUGACAGUAGAAAACCUCGCCCUGAACAACGCCGCAUAUCCCAACAGCUUGAUGGGACUCAACAUCCAAAGAGCUUCCAGCCACGUUGGCAGUGUCAGCGACUUGGGAGACGUCAAUGGACCAGAGGGCUCAGGCCUCACGACCAGCGAGUUCCAGUUUGAUAUAUCUCACUCCUCGCACCUCCUUGCUCCACCAGUCCCGUCUCCGCGCACACCUCAGUCGGGUCCCCUCGGAUCGCCACAUCUAUCGCCCAUUUCUCCCCAUCUCCUUUCGUCUCAGCUCGAUUUUAUGUUUCCAUUCGAGGCACCCUCUCCUGGCCAACAGCUUCCUCCUCCUUCGCCGAUAGAACCUAUCAGCGGCGCCUCGAGCCCCUUCCAUGCCACAAGCCCCCUAGCAAGCCCUCUCUACCGAUCUCCCAACGAACUCCCCAUGAAUACCAAUGGACCACUGUCAUUGGACGUCCCGUUGUUUGACGAUCUUGGCAGCGGACUGUUCGCCGGAAGCUCGCCUCCUGUUGGUCUAGCGUCUACCAGCAACGCGAGCCUGGCUCAACUAGGUGGCUCCGCAGAACAGUCGUGGAAUCUACUCGACGUGUCAAACGCACAGGCGCAAGCCAAUCAGAUUAGACGUAUGGAAGAAGAGACGCGAAUGCAGCUCGACAGUUUCCUCGACCCUCCAACCAGCGAGCAGCAUACCCAAAUCGGGGAGAAUUUCGGUGGAAACAUGCUUGGAACUUCGUUUGGACUGGGUCUCGACGGUAGCCAGCUAGGAACUCAAUCCCAAGGGACCGAUUCGCUCUCCAACUUUCACCUUAUACCAUCCCCCCAAACUCUCAACGAGGUCCUUCCGUCGCCGGUAGGAGCGCGUACACCUGAAUCUCUAAUGCAUCCCGAUCUCUUCCAGCCCAGCGUCGGUAAUGGCAUACACGACGCCGCUGGGUAUGGUUCCUCGCUCACCGGCUCCACCUCUUCACCAGCACCUAGCGCAUCGGUUGGCUUUGAUGGACAGGGUAUCGACCUUGCAUCCCUCCCUAUCGAUGUCCUGCAAGCGCUGCAACAACAGCAGGCGCUCGCGUCGUUGCAAGAUAUGCAAUCCAAUUCAUCAAAUACGCUCGAAGUUCCGAAAGCAAAGCGACCCAACCCGUCGCGACGCAGAUCGCGAAGCGCAUUAGACGCCCCCUUCUAUCGCGGCCAGAACAACGUUCAAGCUCAGUUGAAUCCGUUGUUCACUUCUGUCGGUGGAGGAAGUCCACAUGCUGCUCCACUCUCUGCUCAUCCUGAUUUCGUGGAUGAGAAUACCGUACUUGGGGGGCCUGGUCCGAGUCAAGUAAGAGCGCGCCAUAGUGCCAGUGCCGCCAUGUCGACUAUGCAUAAACGCGCGCAUAGUAGCUUUGACCCGCCUCCGGCCAUCAGCGUAACAAACUGGGACUCUGAUCGCAUUCCGUCCAUUUCUCAAACCCAACGACCCAAUAUAUCUCAUUCUCUCAGUAUGACGCCCUCAGGCGAGUCGUACCAAGCAUCGGCCAGCGCGCUACAUCCAACGCAAACACUACUGCAGCAUAAUCCACAGGUACCACCUCUUGUACACUCGACUACCUACCCGCCGCCAAACCCUGUUCCGACGCUGCCCAAUUCUGUUGUUGGUGGUGCGAGCGUUCAGCGCGUUUCCUCCCACAAGGCGAGGCAACAAGGACAGCGACAUGAGAUUAAUCAAAAGCUGCUAGACGAUGCAUUCACGUCGCGCGGCUUCUUCCCGGACCCCGCGCUACGACGGCUGUUUGAGCUCAUCCUGUGUACGCAGUUCUACAAGGACGAGUCACUCGAGCCCAUGCUUGGUACGCCAGAGGCUGAUGCGCUCCUUGAGCAAAUCCGACUCGUUGCUCCGCACGACGCUCGGUUCGCGCCAAGGGAUCCGUCGACGGAGACGGCGCCUGCGGAGAGUGCGGAUAGGGAUACGCAGUCUAUCUAUAUGCUCUUUACGGAGAAUAACGAGUGUCUGAUAUGUGGGAAGAAGACGGAUCGGAGUGGACGUGCUUUGGGUCACGUUCGCUCCGAUAUCAACCACAGGCCAUAUCACUGCACAUGCGACAAGUGCCGAAACGGUAACAACCCUCGCAAGUUUUUCUCAGACAACUUGCUCGACGACCACCUCAAGGGUCAAACGCAUAAACAGAAGUGUACUAUAUGUGGCAACCUCUUCCGACGCGGUGGCAUGAAGCGACAUAUGAACUCGAAGCAUCCAAACAUCGAGUAUCACCAGACUGGUGAUGACCAAGAUAACGAAGAAUAA